CCGGCAUGGAGAGGAUCAUCCUUUCCGCCUUCAAGCCGAGCUCAUCAUUUAAAGAAUACAGAUUGGCUUUCACGCAGGUGUUUUUGUGUGCCAAACAAAAUUCAAUCGACACGAGUUCUCUUUUUACUAAAUUAAACACAAUGAGCGGAUUAUAAGAAAUAUUUCCAGCACCUUCCAAAGUGCUUCACGUUCGGAUCGUACAGUGUGAUAUCGCUAAUCAGUUGAAUCAACAAGAAAGUAAAAGGUGUCCACUUAAUCAACGAUAACGAGAUGAGCUCUGCUGGUAACACAUUUCUACGUUUGAACUCAACCGUGAGUCAGCCCGGUAGUCCUACAAGCCUCAGGGGUGCUGAAAGACUUUCGAUGAUGGGCAGUCCAGGUGAUGGAGGUGUUACAAUCGCCAUGAUUGGAACACCGUCGGUCAACGGUGCUGCAAACGGCACCAGAAGCAGCAGGUGCGGAGGAGUCAUUUGGCGUUACCUGAGCUCUAAUCCGCGAUUACGCAAAGGAUUAGCUCACGCGGGACUCGUUGUUCUCUUAUGUCUCUACACGGCUGCCGGUGCAUCGGUUUUUCAGUGGCUGGAACAACCUCACGAGCUGGAACAAUCUACAAUUCUGCAAAAUCGCGUAGUGGCACAGCGAGAGGAGCUCAUCAAAAUGUGGAAAGAAGCUCACGAUCAUCCAACGUACGAUCAGAGUGUGCUCGAAGAACGAAUGAGUGUCUACGAAGAUGUCCUUCAGGAAGCCGUUUCUAAUAGGGUGCCAUUACAAGCCGGAGUAGCGUCUGCCCACUGGACUUACACUCAAUCGGUGUUUUUCGCUUCGACAGUUCUCACCACAAUUGGUUAUGGAAACAUAGCGCCACAAACAACAAACGGUCGCAUCUUUUGCAUUUUCUUCGCUCUGAUUGGUAUUCCCUUUACGUUGACUGUCAUUGCCGAUUUGGGCAUGUUGAUGGCUUCAGCCGUGGCCGCCGUCUACCACAACGUUCGUCAGCGAUCCAGCUGGACCAAAUCACAGGCUGCUCAGACUUUUGCUCGUAAAUACGGCAAAUCCCUUUCGGUCGUCCUGGUGGUGGCCCUGCUCAUCGUCUACAUCGCCAUUGGAGGUGGCAUCUUUAUGAUCUGGGAAGACUGGAAUUUCCUAGAGUCCUUUUACUUCUGCUUCAUUACGAUGACUACAAUUGGCUUUGGCGAUCUGGUUCCAGGCUUGGGCUUUGAUGGCGACUCUCACCAGCUGGCCACUCCUUCGCAAGUCCUUCACGCUCAAACUACGUAUAUGCUGGUAUCCAUCGCUUACAUCCUAGUUGGCUUGGCAUUGACGACAAGUAUCAUCGAACUUAUUCGACGUCAAUAUGCGCAGAGUUGGAAGAAAAUGCAAGAGCUUACCAAUCGACUUCAAGGAUUGACUGGUCCAUUGGCCGAAACUUUGCGUCGAAUCAGCGAACAAGCGGGCAAGAUGAAUGCAGACGGCAAACUUGAUCCAGCUCUGCUCAAAGAAUUGGCUGAUUUGAAAUUCGCACUAAACGCCGUCAACGCAGAGAUGAAGCGACCGUCAGUUACCAACUUGUUGCAGCAACCUACAGAUGAAGGGGACGUGUUCGGAAGCAGCACAGCGCUGGACGAUUUCAGCUCGAAUGGAAGCAACAGUAGCAAUGCAUGGCCGAUGGAGUGGGACGAAUGUUGGGAAGAACGCUGGGCAGCUAUCGAAGAAAUGAUGAUAAGCAACAAGGCCUUUAAGGAUAGAGUAAUGCGCAUUCUCAGCCAGACUUCAAUCAAAGUUUAACAAAA